AUGGCCAAGUGGCUACGGGACUACCUUAGCUUUGGCGGUCGGAGGCCCCCUCCGCAGCCGCCCACCCCUGACUACACCGAGAGCGACAUCCUGAGGGCCUACCGCGCGCAAAAGAAUCUGGAUUUUGAAGACCCCUAUGAGGACUCUGAAAGCCGCCUGGAGCCUGACCCCGUGGGCCCCGGAGACUGCAAGGGCCCUGGAGGUGAUACCAAGUACGACUCUCCGAAACAUCGGCUCAUCAAGGUGGAGGCAGCGGACAUGGCCAGAGCCAAGGCCUUGCUGGGCAGCCCCGGGGAGGAGGUGGAAGUUGACACUGAGUAUUCAGACCCCUUCGAUGCCCAGCCUUAUUGUCCACCCCCAGAUGAUGGUUAUAUGGAGCCCUAUGAUGCCCAGCAGGUCAUGAGUGAACUGCCAUUCAGAGGGGUGCAGCUGUAUGAUACCCCUUAUGAAGAGCAGGACCAAGAGGCAGAGGAUGAGCCCCCUUCCGGACAGAGGCCUCGACAGAGCCGGCUGCCCCAGGAGGAUGAACGACCAGCAGAUGAGUAUGACCAGCCAUGGGAGUGGAAGAAAGACCACAUCUCCAGGGCAUUUGCAGUGCAGUUUGACAGUCCCGAGUGGGAAAGGACCUCAGCCUCAGCCAAGGAGCUUCGGAGACCCCCACCCAGGAGCUCCCAACCCGCAGAGCGUGUGGACCCGACCCUGCCCCUGGAGAAACAACCGUGGUUUCACGGCCUGCUGAACCGGGCAGAUGCUGAGAACCUUCUAUCGCUCUGCAAGGAAGGCAGCUAUCUCGUGCGGCUGAGUGAGACCAGUCCCCAAGACUGCUCCCUGUCCCUGAGGAGCAGUCAGGGCUUCCUGCAUCUGAAGUUCAUGUGGACCAGAGAGAACCAGGUGGUGCUAGGCCAGCACAGUGGGCCCUUUGCCAGUGUGCCUGAGCUGGUCCUACAUUACAGCUCUCGCCCACUGCCAGUGCAGGGUGCUGAACACUUGGCCCUGCUAUACCCAGUCAUUGUGCAGACCCCCGAUGGGUACCCUCUGCCAACUUCUGGGCUCUAA